AUGGCGGGGCAAGCACGGUGCUUCGGCGUAGUCGUCAACACGUUCAUGGACCUGGAGAGCGAGUACUGCGAGCUGUACGCGCGCCUCGGCCACGUGAAGCGCGCCUACUUCGUCGGCCCAGUGUCGCUGCCGUUGCCACCGGCCGGAGCAAGCGCCGCUGAGUCGCCGUGCAUCCGUUGGCUAGGCUCGAUGCCCAGAUGCUCGGUGGUGUACUUAUGCUUCGGCACCUACGCCUCCAUCUCUGGAGAUCAGCUAUGGGAGCUGGCUCUUGGACUGGAAUCCUCCGGCAAGCCGUUCCUGUGGGUGCUGAGGGCCGAGGGGUGGGAGCCGCCGGCGGGGUGGGAGGAGCAUGUCGGGAAGAGGGGGAUGCUCGUCAGAGGGUGGGCCCCGCAGACCGCAAUCCUGGCUCAUCCGGCCGUGGGGGCGUUCCUGACGCACUGCGGGUCGAGCUCUCUGCUGGAGGCGGCGGCGGCCGGCGUGCCGAUGCUGACGUGGCCGCUGGUGUUCGACCAGUUCAUCGAGGAAAGGCUGGUCACAGACGUUCUCAAGAUUGGCGAGAGGGUGUGGGACGGGCCACGGAGCACGAGGUACGAGCAGCAGCAGACGGUGCCGGCCGCGGCGGUGGCGCGGGCCGUGGCGAGGUUCUUGGAGCCCGGGGGAACAGGGGAGGCGGCGAGGGGUCGAGCGCAGGAGUUCGCCGUGAAGGCUCACGCCGCCGUGGCGGAAGGCGGGUCGUCGUCCUGUGAUCUGCGCAGGCUUAUCGACGACCUGAUGAAAAUAAGGGAGGCCGUCGCCGGCGGCGACACUACUACGUCGCGCGCUGCUGAGAUGUAG